UCAGCACUGCAUCCCUUGCAGGCAGUGGAAAUUGCUCCCUUCCUUUCCCAUUCUCUGUUCUACCACACUGUUGCUUCUCAGUUACUCCAUGCCUGGGCUGAUGCUGCCUAGGCUGGAGAAGCUGGCCUUGGGACACUGUUUUUAGUCAGGGCUGUGGGACACACAGGUGUCAGGUUACACACCUGCACACCUGUGGGUGCUCAAGGAAUGGAGCUGAAUGCCAGGAUAAGUACAGACUUUAUAGAGGAAUAAAGCUCCUGUGCUUUGUGUUUGGUCUGGAAAUCCAGUCCCAUCUGUUCCAGAUGUUUCCAGCUCAGUUUAUAGCAAGGAGCUACUGUGCUGCUUUGCAGGAAAAAAAUAAUAAAACAAAUGUGGGGUUAUGCCUUCACAACCAUUGCAAAAUAGGCAAGGGUAUCCAUGGAAUAUGUUCCCUUCUGUUGCCUUAGAAAAGAUUUGUAAAUAGUCUUAAAUAAUUUAAUGGAGGGCUGGAGCUUUCAGGGCAGGCUGGUGUGUGCCUGAGUUCUGGCUUGGUGUGCUGUGCUGGCAAGGAGCACGUCCCACCCCUCUGCACCCAGCAGCAGCUGCUUGGGGAAUGGCACCUUUCCUAGCUCAGGGAAAUUUCUGCUUCAAAUCCUCUGGCUCCUGGAAUUCAGUCAGAAACAGCCUGUGUGAAGGAGGAGCUGGCUUUGGACUAGACCUAAGCUUGGGAGUCAAUGCUCACGUACAUUUCCGGGAUGGAGGACGAGGCAGUACUGGAUAGAGGGGCUUCCUUCCUUAAACAUGUAUGUGAUGAAGAAGAAGUGGAAGGUCACCACACGAUUUACAUCGGGGUCCAUGUGCCGAAGAGCUACAGGCGGAGGAGGCGUCACAGGAGAAGAGCUGGGCACAAAGAAAAGAAAGAAAAGGAGAAAAUCUCAGAGAACUACUCGGACAAAUCAGACGUAGAAAACGCUGAUGAGACAAGCAGCAGCAUCCUGAAACCACUCAUCUCCCCCGCCGCCGAGCGCAUCCGCUUCAUCCUGGGAGAGGAAGAUGACAGCCCCGCGCCCCCGCAGCUCUUCACCGAGCUGGACGAGCUUCUGGCUGUCGAUGGACAGGAGAUGGAGUGGAAGGAGACUGCAAGGUGGAUCAAGUUUGAGGAGAAGGUGGAACAAGGUGGGGAACGAUGGAGCAAACCACACGUGGCCACCUUGUCUCUGCACAGCCUGUUUGAGCUGAGGACCUGCAUAGAGAAGGGCUCCAUCAUGCUGGAUAUGGAGGCCUCUUCCCUCCCACAGGUGGUGGAGAUGAUCGUUGACAAUCAGAUCGAGACGGGGCUGCUGAAAUCCGAACUGAAGGACAAGGUCACCUACACCCUACUCAGGAAGCACCGGCACCAGACCAAGAAAUCCAACCUGCGCUCGCUGGCUGACAUUGGAAAGACCGUCUCCAGUGCAAGUAGGAUGUUUUCCAACCCCGAUAAUGGCAGCCCAGGCAUGGCUCACCGAAACCUGACUUCCACCAGCCUCAACGACAUCUCGGACAAGCCUGAGAAGGACCAGCUGAAGAAUAAAUUCAUGAAGAAAUUGCCUCGUGACGCUGAGGCCUCCAACGUGCUGGUCGGGGAGGUGGAUUUCCUGGAGAGCCCCUUCAUUGCCUUUGUGCGGCUGCAGCAGGCGGUCAUGCUGGGAGCUCUCACCGAGGUCCCUGUUCCCACACGAUUUCUCUUCAUUCUGCUGGGACCAAAGGGCAAAGCCAAGUCCUACCAUGAGAUUGGCCGAGCCAUUGCCACGCUGAUGUCAGAUGAGGUGUUCCAUGACAUUGCCUAUAAAGCCAAGGAUCGUCAGGACCUGAUAGCAGGCAUUGAUGAAUUUCUGGAUGAAGUCAUUGUGCUCCCCCCUGGGGAAUGGGAUCCAGCCAUUAGGAUAGAGCCCCCCAAGUCUCUCCCUUCUUCAGAUAAGAGGAAGAACAUGUACUCGGGUGGGGAGAACGUGCAGAUGAACGGAGACACGCCCCACGACGGGGGGCACGGCGGCGGCGGCCACGGCGACUGCGAGGAGCUGCAGAGGACGGGCAGGUUCUGUGGGGGCUUGAUCAAAGACAUCAAGAGGAAAGCACCGUUCUUCGCCAGCGACUUCUACGAUGCUUUAAACAUCCAGGCCCUCUCAGCCAUCCUCUUCAUCUACCUGGCCACUGUCACCAAUGCCAUCACUUUUGGGGGAUUGCUUGGGGAUGCUACGGAGAACAUGCAGGGCGUGUUGGAGAGCUUCCUGGGCACGGCUGUCACCGGCGCCAUAUUUUGCCUUUUGGCUGGUCAGCCCCUCACCAUCCUGAGCAGCACAGGACCCGUCCUGGUCUUUGAGCGGCUCCUCUUCAAUUUCAGCAAGGACAAUGACUUUGACUACCUGGAGUUCCGCCUCUGGAUCGGCCUCUGGUCAGCCUUCCAGUGUCUCAUCCUUGUGGCCACUGAUGCCAGCUUCCUGGUCAAGUACUUCACCCGCUUCACUGAAGAAGGAUUCUCUUCCUUGAUCAGCUUCAUCUUCAUUUAUGAUGCUUUCAAGAAGAUGAUCAAGCUGGCAGAUCAUUAUCCCAUCAACUCCCAGUUCAAGGUGGACUAUAUCACACAUUACUCUUGUGCCUGUAAACCACUAGAUCCAGUUAAUAGCUCAUUACUUAACAGGACAAUGGUGCUGGCAGACGAUGAGUUGGUCUCUCCCUCCUCCGAGCUGGACAACACCACCAUUGACUGGGCAGCUCUGACGGCCAAGGAUUGUUUGAAGUAUGGGGGUCAGCUUGUGGGCAACAACUGUGACUAUGUCCCUGACAUCACCCUCAUGUCUUUCAUCCUCUUCUUUGGCACUUACACCUGCUCCAUGGCCCUGAAGAAAUUCAAGACCAGUCGCUACUUUCCCACCACGGCCCGGAAGCUCAUCAGUGACUUUGCCAUUAUCCUGUCCAUUUUGAUUUUCUGUGGAAUAGAUGCCCUGGUUGGUGUGGACACACCAAAACUAAUUGUGCCAAGUGAAUUCAAGCCAACCAGUCCCGAGAGGGGUUGGUUUAUCCCACCUUUUGGAGGGAACCCGUGGUGGGUGUACCUGGCAGCAGCCAUCCCUGCCCUGCUGGUGACCAUCCUCAUCUUCAUGGACCAGCAGAUCACCGCUGUCAUUGUCAACAGGAAGGAGCACAAGCUCAAGAAAGGUGCUGGAUAUCAUCUGGAUUUGUUCUGGGUGGCCAUUCUGAUGAUUGUCUGCUCCUUUAUGGGGCUGCCCUGGUACGUGGCUGCCACUGUCAUCUCCAUCGCUCACAUCGACAGCUUGAAGAUGGAGACAGAGACCUCAGCCCCUGGAGAACAGCCCAAGUUUUUGGGAGUGAGGGAGCAGAGAGUCACUGGAGUCAUUGUUUUCAUCCUGACCGGGGUGUCUGUGUUCAUGGCUCCCAUCCUGAAGUUCAUUCCCAUGCCUGUGCUCUACGGUGUCUUCCUCUACAUGGGAGUUGCAUCCCUCAACGGUGUGCAGUUCAUGGAUCGUCUGAAGCUGCUCUUGAUGCCUCUAAAACACCAGCCUGACUUUAUCUACCUGCGCCACGUCCCGCUGCGCAGGGUCCACCUCUUCACCUUCCUGCAGGUGGUGUGCCUGGCCCUCCUCUGGAUCCUCAAAUCCACCGUGGCUGCUAUCAUAUUCCCUGUCAUGAUCUUGGCCCUGGUGGCAGUCAGAAAAGCCAUGGACUACCUCUUUUCCCAGCAUGACUUAAGCUUUCUUGACGACGUCAUUCCAGAAAAGGACAAGAAGAAGAAAGAGGAUGAAAAGAAGAAGAAAAAGAAGAAGGGCAGUAUGGACAGUGACAAUGAUGAUUCUGACUGCCCCUACUCAGAAAAAGUCCCAAGUAUUAAAAUACCAAUGGACAUCAUGGAGCAGGAGCCUUUCCUAAGUGAUAGCAAACCUGCUGACAGAGAAAAAUCACCAACAUUCCUUGAACGCCACACAUCGUGCUGAUACAAUUCCCUUCCUUCAAUCACACGCCAUGCCAAGCCCUCCACGAACUCCAGUAAAAGUUGUGCCUCAAAUUAGAAUAGACCUUGAGCCUGAAGACAAUGGUUAUUUCUGGAGGAGCAAGGGAACAGAAACUACUUUGUAAUUUUUCUGUCUGUCCAAUCUUUUCCAAAUUCACUUUGUCAGUAGCCAAAUGUUAAGAAGCUCCCUGCUCCCGCCGGUGACGGUGACCGAGCCCCCGCGCUGUCCCUCCCUGCCCGCGGCCCCCGCUCCCUGCGGGCCCUGCCCAGGACUGGGAAUUGCCUUCCCCUGGCUCCGAAGCACAGCGAGGGCAGGAGCGCUACGGAUGUCACCUCACGCCUGUGGCAAUGCCAGAGGCACUGGCUGUUGUGAGCUGGGGCUUGGCAGAGCAGAGCUGACCUCCAGGCUAAUUCCAUGUCUGCUCCCACUGCUCGGAGAUGCUGGAACGUGCUGCUAACCCUCACGUGCUCUCACCUGUAGGUAAAAGAGAAGGUACUUCACUCCCAGCACAGACAGACCAUUGCCAUCGCUGUAGCAUGUUUGGAAAUGUCCCUUUCCUAUGCAAUUUUUUUUUUUAAAGAAACACUUUAAUGGACUUAAUCCGUCAGGUACAUGGAAGAGUGUUAUUUUCCUAGAUUAUUUUGU